AUAACUUGACGUGCCCUAGUGAAACAUACAUUCGCGUCCCGGCCGCCACACAGAUAACUAUCCCAGUGGAAUAUUGGAUUGUGCUCAGUGCUUUACCUACUGUCAGAGAUGUCACGAGUAUGCGUAAUCGGUGCUGGGGCCGCGGGGCUGUGCGCGGCCCGCCACCUACUGGUAGAGCCGGGAGUCAGCCAAGUCGACAUCCUGGAACAAGCUGGACAGCUGGGCGGGACCUGGGUAUAUACUGAGAAGAUCGGCUAUGAUGACUUUGGCCUACCCAUACACAGCAGCAUGUACAAGAGUUUGAGAACGAACCUGCCAAAAGAAAUAAUGGGUUUUCCAGAUUUCCCAGUGCCUGAAAGCGAAAGAUCCUACUUGCCAGCGAAAGACAUGCUCGCUUUCCUGCAACUAUAUUCAGACAAACACGGUGUCACGAAACAUAUUAAGUUCAAUCACCAUGUACAGUUGGUGAUUCCAAAGACAGGUCCUUCGGGAGAACUCUGGGACGUGACAUUCAAAGACAUGACCACCAACAUCUCGGAGACGCGAGAAUAUGACUACGUUUUCGUGUGCAAUGGACACUAUAAUACUCCAUUUAUACCUAGUAUACCAGGCUUGAAAGAAUUUGAAGGGGACGUCAUGCAUAGUCACGAUUAUCGUGUGCCAGAAAUCUUCACAGGCAAGCGAGUGCUGGUCGUAGGAGCGGGACCUUCAGGCAUGGACAUCGCUUUGGAGAUCACCAGCGUCACGGAGAAAGUUAUCCUCAGUCACCAUCUAAAGGAGCAGCCUAAAACCGUGUUUCCUGACAACCUGGUACAGAAGCCUGAUGUUGCUAGGAUCGAAGGAAGCAAGGUGUACUUUGUUGACGGAAGUGAGGAUGUCAUUGACGUGGUAUUCUUGUGCACUGGUUAUCUAUACAACUUCCCGUUCCUGCACAAGUCCUGUGGCAUCGUGGUAGAAGACAACUGCGUGGAACCGCUGUACAAACACCUGGUGAACAUCCACCACCCCAGCAUGUGCUUCAUAGGCGUGCCUUACUAUGUCUGCGCUUUCUCCAUGUUCGACUUGCAGGUCCGGUACUACGUGCGAUCAAUGAACGGCACCUUCGACCUGCCGUCCUCAGAAGAGAUGACGGCGCACUGGGAGGAGGAGAAGCGAGACCGAGCGGCGCGCGGAUACACCAAGCGACAGGCGCACAUGAUGGGACCAGACCAGGCGUACUACUACGCUUCCCUGGCCGAAGAGUCUGGCACCAGCAACCUGCCAUCCGUCUACACGAAGAUCCAUAACGACAGUAGCCACAAGUUCUUGCACGAUCUCGUUAACUACAGAAAUGAAGUCUAUUGUAUUGUAGAUGAGGCUAAUUUCGUCUGCCAGGGUAACUAGUUUAUUGCUGUACUGGCCAAUUUUACGUCUUGUAGGUGAAGUACAAUUAUUUUCGUUUUAUUUAUGUAUAGAAGACGUAUAGCUAUAACACCUAAUAGCUAUUAUAGUAAUGUAUUGCAGUAUUCUAUUUUACAAAAUAAAUAUUCUUUUCUCCACACUUCCCAGCUAUCAGUAAAAUAAAUUGUCACUA